AUGUCGGCUUCUUUAGCCCCCGAAUGCAACGAAGUCAAGGAACGAUACGACAACUGCUUCCUCAAGUGGUACAGUGAGAAGUUUCUGCGAGGCACUGCCACAACCGACGAAUGCAAGCCGAUAUUCGAGCAGUACGAGAAAUGUCUUUCGAGGGCUCUGAAUGAACGUGGCAUCGACAAGAUGCUAAAGGAAGUGCGAGACGACAAUAAAGAAAAUGAUGCUGAGCACAUGAAGCCUAACCGAUGA